GGUCAGAAGAAAAAAAAAAGAUUAUCAAUCAAGCAAAGCAUUUUCGAACGCGGAAGAAAUUCGAAGGAUUUUAUUAUUCUAACUUGUGAGAAUUGUUUGGAGAGAAGUCUAGAGAUAAAAGAUAUUGGGGUUUCUUCUGAAAGUUUUGUUUUUACUCUUGCUUUUACGGCACGUUUAGUUUGUUUCUUCUUUUUUCUCCUUCUUCUCCUAUACCCUUUACAAAACCGCAUCAACAAGUAAACCACCAUGUCCUCCUCCCACCACCCCCACGACGAUGACCCCAUCAACGAAGACGACAACGAGAUGUUCGACCCCGCGGACGCCGCCGAAGAAAUCACCGACAUAGACGGCGACGCGGCCAUGGACUCGGGCGACGAAGAGCACGACCCUAACGAGCAAGAAAUGCAAGAAGAAGAAAUCCAACUGCAGAACGAUUCUGCCGCCCACAUGGACGCCCACGGCGACUCCAUCUUCUGCAUUGCGCAGCAUCCGCUGCGCCCCGAGCUCGUCGCUACCGGUGGCUCGGACGGCGAUGCCGAUAACGCUCCCGGCGUUGGAUAUAUUUUCGAUGCGACGCCUGCGCCUACGCCCGUAUUGCCCGCAAGCUAUCAGAGCAAUCCCAACGAGCGGGUAGAGCGGGGGAGUCUGGAGCCGAUCUUCAAACUCGAGGGCCACACGGAUUCGAUCAACGCGCUGGCGUUUUCGCAGCCGGAUGGAAAGUUUUUGGUUUCUGGCGGACUGGAUGGGAAAGUCCAGGUGUAUGUGACGAAUGGGAGCAAGUGGAAGAAGUAUACCGAGGCGCGCGAGGUCGAGGAGAUUAACUGGUUGGUUGCGUGUCCGUAUGCGCAGUCGCCGAAUACGUUUGCGUUUGGUGCGAAUGAUGGAUCGGUGUGGGUGUAUACUGUGGACCCGAGUCAGAAGAAGGCGCCGCUGCAAUUGGUGCAGAGUUAUUUUGCACACACGGAGAGUUGUACUGCGGGAGCGUGGUCGGCGGAUGGAAGGCUGUUGGCGACGGUUAGCGAGGAUGGUUCCUUGUAUGUGUGGGAUGUAUUUGGAGAAGCUGCGGCCGCGGGAUUAACAGGAGAAGGUGGACAAACGGUCGUAGGACUCACAGCCUUAGAUCAACGCUUUGCAGUCGAAGGCGGACUCUUCAGCGUGGGUAUCGCGCCAAGCGGCUCAUUUGUCGCAGCCGGAGGAGCAGGGGGAUCGAUCAAAAUCGUCGGGUUACCCCGCUUACCCGAUGCGUCCGGUGCGGGCGCGGCUCCAGGUCAAUCCGGACAGAUUCUCGCGGAUCUUCAAGCGCAGGGCGAUGGAAUCGAAUCGAUUGCAUUUGCACAACCCCCAUUAACCCUCAUGGCAGCCGCGAGCGUGGAUGGAAGUAUUGCGCUCUUCGACUCGGCGCAUCGAUUCGCAGUGCGGAGACAUAUCAAAGAAGCGCACGAGGAGCACGCGGUGGUGAAGGUAGAAUUCGUAAAGAAUACACAAUCGGGGGGCUGGCUACUGACGAGUUGCGGCAUGGAUGGAGUAGUCAGACGAUGGGACGCGAGGGGCGGAACGGGAAUUGCGAAUUCGGGAUUGGUGGGAGAGUGGAAGGGGCAUAGGGGAGAUGGGGUGGGCGUCAUGGGAUUUGUGCAGGGUGAUGGAAAUAGAAUUGUGACGGCGGGUGACGAUGGGAUUAGUUUGGUUUUUGAAUCGGCUAUUUAGGGUAGGGGAAUGAAUGAAUGAAUGAAUGGCUCGAUGUUAGGCAUGGAUGGAUGGAUGGCGGAGGAGUUUUUAUAUUACAUGAAUUAUAGAAUUCGUGGUGGACAAUAGACAUUUUCAUUUACAAACAAGCAUGUGAGCAAGCAGGCAAGCGAUUACUUAUAAAUUUCAAUUAAAAUUUACAUCA